AUGCCAUUACGGCCGAUACAGCCGAUACAGACUGAAACUGAAAACCUUGGAGGGUUUAAGAUUAUUACUUGUGGAGAGAGAGAGAGACAAAAAAUUUUCAACUCCUCCUGCGACAUAUUUGAUGCCCACGAGAACCAUUGGAACAAUUGGAACAUCGAGAUAUGGAAGAUCAAGAAACUGAUCAAGGACCUUGACGCUGCCCAAGGGAAUGGGACCAGCAUAAUCUCGCUUAUUAUUCCUCCCGGGGACCAGAUCUCCCGUGUCACGAAGAUGCUCCAAGAUGAGUACGAGACAGCCACAAAGAGCCAGAGUCCAGCGAAUCUUCUCGGAGCCAUAACUUCCACCCAGCAGAGGCUCGAGCUUUACGGCGAGGUUCCCCCCAAUGGCCUCGUCCUCAAUGCUGGAACGGUUCUGACCGAGGAUGGGAUAGAGAAGAACGUGAACAUUGAUUUUGAGCCUUUUAAGCCCAUCAAUGCAUCGCUGUAUCUGCGUGAUAGCAAGUUCCACACCAAGGCCCUGUUUGAAUUGCUGUCGUCUGACCAUAAGUUUGGGUUCAUUAUAAUGGAUGGGAACGGUACUACUCUCUUCGGGACCCUGAGUGGCAACUCCCCGAAAGUGCUUCACAAGUUCAGCGUGGACGACCCCUCAAGGAAGCGCGACCGAGAAGGGCAGUCCGCCCUCCCAUUCGCGGGUUUGGGAUUGGAAAAAUGCAACAAUUAUUUCCGUAAAACGGCUGAGCUGGCAACGCAGUUUUUCAUCGACCCCUCAACUGGCCAGCCUGAGGUGACAGGCCUGUUCCUUGUGGGGGCCGCUGGCUUCAAGGUUGGGCUGAGUGACAUACGCAUGUUCGACCCUCGCCUAGGACCAAAGAUCCUUGAUAUUUAUCAUACCAGAUCUGGAGAGGAGUACGCGUUCGAUGUGGCCAUUCGCCUUUCUUUAGAGACCAUUAACAUUGUGAACACCAUCCCCGAGAGAAAGUUAUUGGGGAAGUACUCUGAGGAGAUACGUCAAGAUCCGCGAAGAUGUGUUUUCGAGGUGGACAAAACACUCGAAGCUCUUGAGAUGGGUGCCAUCGAGAUACUCAUUGUCUUGGAUUUCCUUGCCAUCGACCGCUACACCUUGAAGAACACCUCAACAAGUGAGGUUCUGGUCAAAUACCUGAACCAGUACGAGGAGCGCGACAAGGACAACCUUUGUGAUUCAGCCACCUCAGGGGGGCUGGUGGUUCAGGAGAAGAUGUCCUUGGUGGAUUGGCUUGCAAAUGAGCAUGAGAGGUUUGGGCGUGUACUCAGGUUUGUGAUCGACACAAUUGGUCCAGGAUUUCUGUUUGGGAAGCAGUUCGGGGGUAUUGCGGGUAUCCUCCGCUACCAACUCGAGGAUGGCAAAGAGAAGAAGGUGACCAUUGAUUUUGAGCCCUUUGGCCCCAUGAAUGCAUUGCUGUAUCCGGUGCACAGCAUGUUCAACACUGAGGCCAUGAAAGAAUUGCUGCAGUCGGACCAUAUGAUCGGGUUUAUUGUAAUGGAGGUGGAUGGUGCUCUCUUCGGGACUCGGUGCGGGAGCUCCCGAGAAGUGCUUUACAAGUUCACUGAGGAGGAAAUUAAGUACCGCAGGAAGGGGCACAAGAGAGGAGAGCCGCUGUCACCCCAUCAAUAUGCCUGGCUGCAGCUGAGGAAACGUGACCGGGCUAUUGGAAGAACAAUUGACCUGGCCCCCCAAUUCUUCAUCGACCCUGCAACGGGCCAACCUAAUGUGUCAGGCCUGAUCCUGGCAGGGGCUGCUGGCUUCAAGAUUUUUCUGUCUCUGUUUUUCGGCGACUUGGACUCGCGCUUGCGUUCAAAGAUUCUUAAUGUUGUUGAUGUCCCUGAUGGAGGGGAAAGGGGGUUCAAUCAGGCCAUUGGGAUUUCUGCCUGCUGAUGAUAGUGCCGAUGGGGUUUCCUGCCAACUGGAGCUGAUAUAUGGUCUUUUGUUUAUACUGUAAUAUUUGCAUAUGCAUUUUAG